UUUUACAAUGAUUAUGCUUUAUCUAUUAAUAAUAAUUGGGAGCUGCAGAUGGCUUAAAUCUAAAUGCCAGUCUCUCCCAGAACUUUCAUCUCUGCAGCCAAUCCAAAAAUGCGUUAGGUUUAAUCACAAUUUUUUUUAAAGUCUCCGAUUGUAAUUUCAAUGCAAAUAAGUAUCUUGCACGUAGAAAGCCUUUCCCCUCCUAAUGCACGCGUCCACUGUGUAAAGUGCCACUGCUUAGAGAACACUCUCCAGGUCUAAAGAAGCAGCUUGGGGAUUUCGACGGAGCUGGGCUCAGAAGCCAGUUGUUGGCGCUGUCCGUGGUGCUGAGGAAUUCCCGGCUGCCGGCAGAAAGAGCUCCAAAUCAGCAGUCUGCAAACUGCUCUCACUGAUGCAGAAACCCAGCUAAAGUUGCUCCUUUCCUACACGUCCACAGUUAGCGCUUUUUUGGUGUGUAAGAGGGGAUUCAAGCAACAUCUUCUGGGUGAUGCCGAUGGUAUUGCCAGCGGAGCAGGCUUUAAGCUACAGCAUGCUGUUGCUGUUUGAGAUCCUCAGAGCCUAGCCAAAUCACCUCUACUGCCGUAGCAAACACUGUGUAAGUGAACUCAUGUGUGGAGGAGGCGUAAUCAGCCGGGAAAUUUCAUAGAAGGAUCUAAGAAAAUGCUAAAAAUAAGUUCAACAUGAUUCUGCUACUGGAGUCUGGAUUUCUACAAGACCAGCGUGCUUCUUGCUUUGAAUUCUGAAGACAGGUCCAAAGCAUAUUUCUUAUGUGUGCCUGCUGUGUUUUCUCUGGAAGGGCGGGAGGCUGCUUCUUGACUGUGUUUUGAAAUGGGAGGUAAAGAGAAUGGAUUGCAUUUAAUUCAUGCCUGAACAUGUAUUCUUUGGGUGAUUAAAGAGGAGCAGCUUUCCUAAAACAUACCUGACCUUUUAGUUCAUAUCGGUCUGUGACCCCAACAUCAUCAUUAACCUCCAGAGUGAUUAGCCUACCCCUCCUGUAUUCUCAUGGAAGGAGCUGAGUAUAUUUACUACUAGGAGCACACCCAGAAGUCUUUGAGGAGGGGGAUGGCUCUUCAUGUACAUGAAGCUUGCAUACUGCUAUUGGUUAUCCCUGGAUUGGUCACUUCUGCUGCCAUCAGUCAUGAAGACUAUCCUGCUGAUGAAGGUGACCAGAUCUCCAGCAAUGACAAUCUGAUCUUUGAUGACUAUCGAGGGAAAGGGUGUGUGGAUGACAGCGGCUUUGUGUACAAGUUGGGAGAACGAUUUUUCCCAGGGCAUUCCAACUGUCCCUGUGUCUGUGCUCUGGAUGGACCUGUUUGCGACCAGCCAGAAUGCCCUAAAAUUCAUCCUAAGUGUACUAAAGUGGAACAUAACGGAUGCUGUCCUGAAUGCAAAGAAGUGAAAAACUUUUGUGAAUAUCAUGGGAAAAAUUACAAAAUCUUGGAGGAAUUUAAGCCCUCUCCAUGUGAAUGGUGUCGCUGUGAGCCCAGCAAUGAAGUUCACUGUGUUGUAGCAGACUGCGCAGUUCCUGAGUGUGUCAACCCAGUCUAUGAACCAGAACAAUGUUGUCCUGUCUGCAAAAAUGGUCCAAACUGCUUUGCCGGAACUACAAUAAUUCCAGCUGGCAUUGAAGUCAAAGUGGACGAAUGUAACAUCUGUCACUGUCACAACGGGGACUGGUGGAAGCCUGCUCAGUGUUCAAAACGCGAAUGCCAAGGCAAGCAGACUGUGUAGGACAAUUCCCAGUCAAUGGCGAAUUCUUAGGAGAAGAUGCUGUGGCUUCUACACUGCACAUGUUUAACACAAAACAAAACAAACUCCUGCCAGCUACAACAGGGUCACCAGCAAAACCUUUUAGGGUUGACAAAAGUGAAUAUUUUACUAAGAGGAAAUUUCUCUCUUUUUCUCUUGCUAUACAAAAUAUAUAUAGUACAUAGCUAUCUAAACAGCUUUUGUAAUAACCAAUGCUUGAUGGUGACUUGACGACUGGAUUUUUGGGACAAAAAGAAAGAAAUAGCCUUGCACAGGCUCCUUCCCUGGUGAUGCCUCUGGCCUCCAGCUCACUGUGUCCUGAUUUGCUCCAUUUUCACUCCUCUGUACAACCCACAUGGCAUUUUUCUCUUGUGGUCUUUUUUUUUUCCUCACCUUUAGAGUUUAAGAGGCUAGAAUUGAAUGCACAGAAAAAUUUCAAGUUGUAUCUAAAAAGGUUUGGUAAAAGAAUUUCAUGGAGAAGGCUCUCCUGACCAGGAAGACACAAGAUCAUCCAACCAAUUGCUACCCUGGAAUGAAUCAUGCCUUUUAGGCUGAGAACAGAAGGAUGGGCAGGCGGGAAACUGGUACCUUGUCCAUUAAGUGGGGGCUCGUGUAAUGAGUCUUACAAACCACACAUUUCAUGUACAAAAUCUUGAAACUGCCAAUCAAAAACAAAUAGGCAAAGAACACACUGAAUUUGACUAAAAAAUCCAAAGAGAGAAACAUGGUUUGUUUUAUUUUUUCAGAUUGUAGCAUUAAUCACCAAAGUUUUUCAUGACAAUGAAUUUGAGUUUGAUUUGUAACUGAACACACGGUAAAACCACUCUGUCACUGGGCAAUAUGAAAACCAGAACCAGGGUGAGUAGCCCCACUGUGAAUCUGAAUCCUCCUGAACACUUACAGCUUUUGAGUUCAUAGCUGACUGAAAGCCAGUAGUACACACUGGCAGCUUUCUACGAUUCAGACUGUGUUUGCCAUGUUCUGGUAACAACCGCUCAGCCCUAUGUCUAAAAUACAGAUUCAGGACACUCUCUCCACCUCAAGUGCUGAUUUAAAUUAAAGAUUAGGGUAGAAACAGUCUUGCACAAUACAGUUCCAUUUGUUGAACAUUUUUAAAAUGUAUAUAUUAGAUACUGAACAAUUAAGUGAACCUUUGAAGUGUCUCAAGGUUGCCCUGAAAUGCUGCUAGUAUAGUAACAGAAACAAAUAAAACACACAGGGUAUCUGAUGCCACCUGGAUUCAAGUGCAAAAUGAGCAAUUCUGAAACCACAUGGCAUAGUCAGUCGCUUAUUCCACUCCCUGUCCUAAAAAUCCCAGUGCAGAUCUGAUAGGGUCCUUGAGGAAACUUGAAGGUUGUCUUCAUCAUCAAUGUUCUUUCUUUUUCUGUCCCACCCCCAACCUGGGUCUUGCCGUGACUCCUGUGGAGUGGCAUCUUUGAAAGCAGGUGUCUCAAUGUUAGUAGCAUUGACAUUUAGGAACAGAUACUAAGCGAGGGCUGUCCUGAACAAUUUUAAGAUGUUUAUAAGCAUCGUUGGUCUCUAUCCACUAGGUGCCAGUAGCAGUACCCUAGGUGUGACAACCAAAUGUCUCCAAAUACUGCCAAGUAUGCCCAAGGGGUGGGAAUGAGGGCAAAAUUUCACCUGAUUGAGAACCAGUCACCUGGAAUCAUCAGUAUAGAGUAUUUUCUUCCAGGGGGACAUUCUGGGCAAGCUGUGGCUGCACCUGUGGCUUUGGUGAGCCUGUGAGCCCCUUGGGACAUGCACAGAUGCCCUGAGGGGUUAGCCUCCUCCAUGGAGAGUGAUUCUCCUAAUGUCACAAGAACACCCCAGGAUUUGUAUUUCUUUAAUCUUGUCAACUGGUUUUUCAUUUAAAAUUGUCAGCCUCUCCUCCCCCAAGCCGUUCCUGUCAUCAAGAAAGAGUUGUCAUUUCCAAAAUUAAUGUGCUGAUGAGUUGGACCUGACACUUUUACGCACACUGUGCUUGUGUUAUGAUACAAAUAGCCACGCCGGCGCCAUCCCAAGGAAGAACACCGAGCCGCCUUCCCUUAGAACACCAAUUUGCCGCAAGGUUGGUGCCUUUCAGUUGCCACCAUGGAUACAUCAUAUAGACAGUCAUGAAUCAUUCAUGAACAAUUCUGCAUGAUUUAUGCCUGCACUCAAAAGUAAAGGCAUUCCACACCUCAGCCUGUGUCUAGACAGAGACAUAUUAUAGAGCUUUCAUUGCCCUGAGGUUGCCUGUUGCCAGCUUCAAAAAUCCACACACUUGGAAAGAAAUAAUAAUAAUAAUAUAUGACAGGAAUAAGGUUUGAAACUCAAAAAACAUCAUUAAUAGAGCCAUGUAGCAUUGUACCUUAUCUAUUAUUGAGGAGUGACUAUGUCCUUUUUAGAAAACAGAAAGAAAAGUGCAACUGGGAAGCCAAGGUACAGGGAUUUCGCUUCAAAGUCUUGGCGCAGUGAUAGUCACAGCAAGAAGUUACUAGAAUGGAGUACAACAUCCAUCAAAAAGCUCUCUUCAGAGAGAGCACAGAAAGUGGGCUGCUCAGUGGUCUCUGUUACCAGCUAGAGAGAGGGAUUUUUACUGGAUUUUGUUUUUCUCAGAGUUUCACUACAAGCUAUUUCCUUUAAGACUUUGUAGCACUGACAUUUUUCCCCCUUUAGGGAGAGAUGAACCUAUACUGUGAUAGAAUUUCUCAUAAAUCCGUAAGCAUUUUACAACUUCCUUCUAGCCAGGUCACUGAGAAAUCCUUUCCAAGCUCUGAACAGCAGAGGUUUGGUUUCAUCUGUCUUUUCUUCUUUUCUUUUCUUUGGAAGGCUUUGUGUGCAGCCGCACUGUCACCUCUGUACCACUACUCCUCUGCCGCCUUUGGUUCUCGGCUUUAAUCACAGCCAUGUUUAAAUAAGGGAUCAACAACCUGUUUGUCAGCUGAUGCUUGUUUAAAAAAAAAUUCAGUUUCUAAAAUCUUUGAAAAAUGGUGUGCCUGAAAACUAGUGAGAAACAAAAAAACUAAACGCUAAACUGUAUAAAGGGGAUUCUAGCAACAAUAUUUGAUGUGUAAAAGAAUAUAUUAUUAAAAAAUUAUUUUGUUAAAUAUAAAGUGUGUUAACCAGCAAACAUUGUUUGUGGUAUAUUUUCCUUCCCGAAUGUCUUCUUUUUCCCCUAUCUGCAUUAUUUAAUGACUAAUUCUCCGUGAUGUCUAUCACAAGGAAAUACAUGUGUGUUUAGAGUGUGUUCAAUUAGAAUGAAGUCUUAGCUUUAGAA